CCAAUCAAAGUCCAGCUUUACUGCAAGAUUUCAACAUGGCGCUGUCUAGAGCUGUAAAUGGUGUGUUUAUUGUGGCUGCCAAGCGGACAGCCUUUGGGACGUUUGGGGGCAAGCUAAAAGGCAUGUCAGCCACUGCCAUGAUGGAGCAGGCUUCACAGGCAGCUCUGGCCGCAGGGAAUGUCAACCCCGAGAAUGUCAGCUCUGUUAUAAUUGGGAAUGUCAUUCAGUCAUCCACAGAUGCAAUAUACCUAGCUCGACAUGUCGGUCUGAGGUCUGGUGUGCCCGAGGCUGCUCCCUCCCUCUGUGUCAACAGGUUGUGUGGGUCAGGCUUUCAGGCCAUUAUCAACGGGGCCCAGGAAAUCAUGCUGGGUGAGAGCGAGAUUGUACUUGCCGGAGGAACGGAGAGCAUGAGUCAGGCUCCAUUUGCAGUCCGAGAUAUCCGCUUUGGUACCACUUUAGGAAAACCGAUUCAGCUAGAAGAUACUCUGUGGGGAGGGCUGACUGAUACUUACACUAAAAUGCCAAUGGCCAUUACAGCCGAGAAUCUUGCCAUGCAGUAUAACAUCAGUCGGGAGGACUGUGACACGUAUGCCCUGCAGUCUCAGGCACGCUGGAAACAAGCACAAGAUGGGGGUGUGUUCAAUGCAGAAAUCGCUCCACUGACUUUGAAAAGCAAGAAAGGACCAGAAACGUUUAGUGUGGACGAGCAUCCACGUCCCCAGACCAACGCUCAGGGACUGGCCAAAUUAAAUCCAGUGUUCAAAAAGGAUGGAGUGGUGACAGCAGGCAAUGCUUCGGGUGUUUGUGAUGGAGCAGCAGCUGUCAUCGUAGCCAGUGAGGAAGCUGUAAGGAAGUACAACCUCACACCACUUGCACGACUCGUCGCCUACGGAAUUUCAGGAUGUGACCCCAAGAUCAUGGGAAUAGGACCCGCCCCAGCGUCCCGUGCAGCUCUGCAGGCUGCAGGCAAAAGUGUGGACGACAUGGACAUUGUUGAGGUGAAUGAAGCAUUUGCGCCCCAGUAUCUAGCAGUACAGAAGGAACUGGGUCUCAACCCAGAGCUGUCCAAUAUGAACGGUGGAGCUAUUGCCCUUGGUCACCCCCUUGCAGCCUCGGGAGCCAGGAUUACCGGGCACAUUGCCCAUGAACUUCAUCGUCAAGGUAAGAAGAUGGGACUUGGAUCAGCCUGUAUUGGAGGUGGUCAAGGUAUUACAGUGAUCCUGGAGAAGGCGUAAGAACUGAGUAUUUGGGAAUGUCUGUCAGGUCAAGGAGGACCAGUCAUAGCAUUGAAUCAAAGGAACAAUACAGCAGGUUACUGGGGUGGUGUACAAUUUCCUGUCAUUGAUAAUUUCAUUUACCAGGGAUAAUUUUAUGUUAAUAAAUGACCGAAAAAAUACAUAAAUCUCACAAACUAUUUAUUGCAGUCAUUGGGGCAAUGCGAGAAUUGCCACAGUGAGAUCAUUACAAGGUGUAACAAAGUGCUGGUUGGUUGUAAAGGGUGACAUACUGCUGAACCAAACGCUGGCUCGAAGGGCCGUCUACAGUACAGUGCUCACUUAUACAAAGUUUAUCAAUGUCUAACAUAUCUAAUUGACUUCGAAAUGUUUGUGGAUGAAACAAAAUUAUUAUGGUGAUUUUUGUGGGUGAUUUUUUUUUUGAUUUUGUGGACAGAAUUUUGCAACAAAUACAACAGCUUUAAAUUGAUAUAGUUUACACAUGAAUGACAGACAGUACAUGUAAAUGAUUCGAAAAAAAAGGCCAGUUGCCAGUAGUUUUGGUUGUGAAACCUAAAUUGUACACAUAUUUAUAAUUGCAAACAAAGACUCCUGUCAAACUUGCAUUUCAUGUUUCUGUUUGUAUUGCCGUUAACUGUGUCUGAUAUGAGUGCUGUGUAUUUAGAAUUUUGAAGAUUUUAGGGUAUUAUCAAGCAGAUCAAGGAGAUGACAAAUCCAAUAUAUGUCAAUAUUUAAAGUUCCUAUGGUAAUUUUGUGUUCUGUCUUAAGAGUUUGAUGUGGAGUUUAUAGUUAAUGUGAUAGGAAUGUGAGGGUUGUGUGUAGAAACAAACCACAUGUUACAGGUGUGGUCUGUCUGAUUCAGUGAGAAAGUGUGCAAGUGUUAUUGAUAAUCAUUAAAAUCUAACUGUCAAUCAUAUAUAAAUGUGUAUGACUCCCAAAGUGAUCAGCAACCCAAAAUUGCAUUGACUGUUUAUAAUAAAAUGCUCGUUUAAAUAAUGAAAGA